AUGUCAGAAAAUGUUGAUGAUUUUCAUUUUCCGGAGCUUGACGAUCAGUACUUGUCUGAUGCAAUAGCCAUGCUAUGGCCGGAGGCUACUGCAGUCGACGAGCCUCACUCCAACCCACAACCCGAACCAAAACUCCCUGAUGAAGAAGAUGAUCAAAUCAUUAAAGCUCUUUUGUGGCCAUUUUACAAGAAUACUGAACCUAAAACCCUGCACGACAUAGGUUUCGAUUUAAACAUACCUCACCAACUCAUGCAUCUCUUUGUACCUUCAUCUAUCCACCCUGUGCAUGAUUUGUUCGGUUCAUACGGGUUUGGUCCCUCGAGUAAUGAGUUUGGGCAACUUUCACCCCAAAUGGAUGUUCCAGUAAAAAAACUACCUGAGAUGCAACAGACUACUAUUGGUGUUCUUUUAAAACUUGACCAGGGCUUAUAG